AUGUCCGCCGCUACAGAUAAGGCUCGAUUCUUCCUCGAGAAGUCUGUGCCUGAGCUCAAGGAAUAUGAGCGCAAAAAGAUUUUCACCAAGGACGAAAUUUCCUCAAUCGUCAAGAAGAGAUCCGAUUUCGAGCACAAGCUCAAUGCGCGCGGCGCGCAACCGGUGGACUUUGUGCGCUAUGCUGAAUAUGAAAUGAACCUCGACGUUCUGCGAAAGAAGCGGGUGAAGCGACUUGGGAUUCGGUCGGCAGGAUUCAACGGCCAGCGACGGAUUUUUUUCGUUCUUGAGCGAGCGACACGCAAGUUCCACGGCGACAUUAACCUCUGGGUCCAAUAUAUUGAAUAUGCUCGGAAACAAAAGGCACACAAAAAGCUCUCCAUGAUAUUUACCGACGCUCUGCGACUACACCCUACCAGCGCUGAGUUAUGGGUAUACGCUGCUAAGCACGUCCUCGAUGACCACGGUGAUAUGACACAAGCGCGGAGUUACAUGCAGCGCGGUCUAAGAUUCUGCAAGAAUGCACGGACAAUUUGGAUUCAAUAUGCCAAGCUGGAGUUGAUUUACGUCGCAAAGCUAGUCGCUCGUCAACGAAUUUUGGGUCUAGAUGAGGAGAGCCAAAAGCCCAAACCAGUCCAAGAAGCAGAACUCGAUCUCGAUGCCGAUAUGAUCGCGCUCCCAGCAAUCACGGCCGAAGAUAUCGACCCCAGCAUAGGAGAGGAUGGAGAAGCGGACCAAGUUGCGCUGCAAAACCUCAAUUCCACCCCUGCUCUGAGCGGUGCUAUCCCGCUCACCAUUUUCGAUACCGCUACAAAGCAUUUCGAACAUGAUGAUCGGUUUGGUCAGGAGUUCUUCGAUAUGGCGUGGGAAUUCCAGGACGCGCCUUGUCUUCACAAGAUCUUGGAGCACGUGGUCGAGAUGAUGCGCACAAACAAGCCUUCCAGCCCGCGGACACAGAUCUGUUAUAUCAAGCUCCCGACCGCUGGAAUCUCCGCUACCUCGGCUGAGUUCCCUCGCGCGCUUGGUACUUCACUUGCCCGCCUCAGAGAGUAUCCCAUGGGCAAGGAUCUCGCACGCCAAGUGAUCAAUUGGCUUCAACCUGUCCAGGCGACAGAAGAUCUGGAUCCUUCGUUGCAGAAAGUCAUCUCGGCUACCAUCCGGAACGCGGAGCGCGUGGCACAGUAG